UAAAGUCCUUGAGCUGGAAUACAGACCCGUGACAGGCUGAGAGGGAUUUCGCAAGUGCUUCUGUGGUGGGUGGGGGCGGAGCCGUCGGAGGAGCAGCCCAGCACAGCUGUGAUACGAUCAGCCUUCAGCUGUAGAGCGGCACCAUUUGGUCUCCAGUUCACAGCGGAGAACAAUCUCCCAACUCUCUUUCCUCCCUGGCUGGGAGGGGACUACCUUCCUUCUGUGUCAGCUUUUAGUCUCAAGGCCAGCCUGGAUACCACCCACCGAGCCUCCCUCCUGGGAGAACGAGGGGUCGGGAGCCUGGCAGAUUUGCCCUUGUCAUCCUUCUGGGUUCACUGCUCAGUCCCAGGACUGCCAGGUGUUGUGUGGUCCCAGCAUCACUGUCUCUUAAGGAUCAUCUUGCUGCUUCUCUCAACUCCAAGCAGCUGCUGUCCCCGCUUGGGCCCCAGAUCAUUCCCUUCCUCAUUCAGGAUGCUCCAGACCUUAUAUGACUACUUCUGGUGGGAACGGCUGUGGCUCCCUGUGAACUUAACCUGGGCUGAUCUAGAAGACCGAGAUGGACGUGUCUACGCCAAAGCCUCAGACCUCUAUAUCACACUACCCCUGGCCUUGCUCUUCCUCAUCAUUCGAUACUUCUUUGAGCUUUACGUGGCUACACCACUGGCUGCCCUCCUGAAUGUAAAAGAGAAAACUCGGCUGCGGGCACCUCUCAACCCCACUUUGGAGCAUUUCUACCUGACCAGUGGCAAGCAGCCCAAACAGGCAGAGGUAGAGCUUCUGUCACGGCAGAGCGGGCUCUCUGGCCGCCAGGUAGAGCGCUGGUUCCGCCGCCGCCGCAACCAGGACCGGCCCAGUCUCCUCAAGAAGUUCCGAGAAGCAAGCUGGAGAUUCACGUUUUACCUGAUUGCUUUCAUUGCCGGCAUGGCUGUCAUUGUAGACAAACCCUGGUUCUAUGACAUGAGGAAAGUUUGGGAGGGAUAUCCCAUACAGAGCGUCAUCCCUUCCCAGUACUGGUACUACAUGAUUGAACUGUCUUUCUACUGGUCCCUGCUCUUCAGCAUUGCUUCUGAUGUCAAGCGAAAGGAUUUCAAGGAACAGAUCAUCCACCACGUGGCCACCAUCAUCCUCAUUAGCUUCUCCUGGUUUGCCGGUUACGUCCGAGCAGGGACUCUUAUCAUGGCUCUGCAUGACUCUUCUGACUACCUGCUGGAGUCAGCCAAGAUGUUUAACUAUGCGGGAUGGAAAAACACCUGCAACAACAUCUUCAUCGUCUUCGCCAUUGUCUUCAUCAUCACCCGCCUGGUCAUCCUGCCCUUCUGGAUCCUGCACUGCACCCUGGUGUACCCACUGGAGCUCUAUCCUGCCUUCUUUGGCUAUUACUUCUUCAAUUUCAUGAUGGGAGUGCUACAGCUGCUGCAUAUCUUCUGGGCCUAUCUCAUUUUGCGCAUGGCCCACAAGUUCAUAACUGGAAAGCUGGUAGAAGAUGAACGCAGUGACCGGGAAGAAACAGAGAGCUCAGAGGGGGAGGAGGCUGCAGCUGGGGGAGGAGCAAAGAGCCGGCCCCUAGCCAACGGCCACCCCAUCCUCAAUAACAACCAUCGUAAGAAUGACUGAACCGUUGUCCCUGCUGCCCCUCAGAUUAAUGCAUAAAGCCAAGGAACUAUCCCACUCUCCCCACAGGGUCGCUUGAAGCUCUGGGGAGAAAGGAGAAAGCGAGAGGACGGUGUUCUUCUCUGUGUCCCCACCCCUGCUGCUUUUUCACCCAGUUGCCUUUAAACCAAAUUCUAACCAGCCUAUCCCCAGGGAAGGGGAGGUUGGUUAUAUCCUUGUCAGAGCGGGGGAUGGUCUUAUUUUCCUCUCUACUUUCCAAGUUGUCCUUUCUAUUGCUUUCGAGACCUUUCCUCAGCUCCGGGGGUGGGGGUCACAACUCACAUUCCUUAUUCUUCAGAAUCUGGCCCUAGCUCUCUGCCUUUGACUCCCGGACCUCCAGAGCCAGGGUCGUGCCUUACUGUCCCACCCGUGGGCCUUAUUCUGCCAAAGUUGGACCAAGGCUCACCUUUCUAAUCUAACUUGGACCAGAAACCAAAGCUGAGCUUUUAACUUUUUCCCUCCUAAGAUACAAAUGAAUUGAGUGUAGGAGGGUGCACAUGACCCUUAUCCUACCUCUGCCAAAAAGUGGGGGCCACAAUGGGGACUGCUCAGACAGUCUUUUGUUAUUUCUCUGCCAGCUGUCCCUGUAGUCACAGGUCCAAGAUCUUACUGCCUCCUUUCUCUGGCCUCUUUCCCUAGGCUAGCUGGUUUGGAGUAGAAUGGCAACUAGUUCUAAUUUUUAUUUAUUAAACAUUGGGGGUUUUGGUUUUAAAGCCAGAAUUACAGCUAGCGCCUGGCGUUUCAGCAGAGGGACCACUUCAGACCAAAACGUACUGUUAAUGGUUUUUUUAAUUAAAAUAUAUUAAAGAUUAAGUAAAACACGGCAACAA